CUUAAUCUUUCAGAGACUCUGGCUGCCUGCCAGCUUAAACUCAAAUCCAACCUGCAAAAGAAACUCCAGAAUUGGUUUGAACAAGCCACUAAAUCUGGAAAGCAGAUGCUGAUAAAUGACAUCUACAACGAGCUGUAUAUCAUGGAGACAAGAAAAAAUGAAACAGGAUCCAAUAAAACUGAGCAAACUAUCAACAUGGAAGACUUCUUCAAAACCACACCUAGUCAACAUGCACCAAUGAGAACACUGAUGACCAAAGCGGGGUCUGGUGUUGGGAAAACUGUCUUGACACAAAAGUUUGCUUUGGAUUGGGCUGAAGACAAAAUGUUUAAAGACAUACAAUUUGUGUUUCCGCUCACUUUCCGAGAGUUGAACUUGCUGAAGGACACAGAAUGCAGCUGGAUACAACUUCUUCAUCACUUCUUUGCUGAUAUCAAAGAAGCAGGAAACUGCGGCUUUGAUAAGCUCCACACUGUGUUUAUCCUCGAUGGUCUGGACGAGUGUCGGCUUCCUCUGGACUUGCACAACAACGAGAUCUUGACUGAUGUUACUGAAUCAGCUUCAGUAGACGCUCUGCUCACAAACCUCAUCACAGGGAAAGUGUUCCCUACUGCUCGUGUCUGGAUAACCACAACACCCGAGGCAGCCGGUCAAAUUCCUCCAGGGUACGUUCACAUGGUGACAGAGGUGAGAGGGUUCACUGAUGCAAAGAAGGACGAGUACCUCAGGAGGAGAUUCAGAAAUAAGGAGCUGGCCAACAGAAUCAUCUCCCACAUCAAAGCAUCAAGAAGUCUCCACAUCAUGUGCCGCAUCCCAGUCUUCUGUUGGAUCACUGCGACAGUUCUGGAGGACAAGUUGAAAACCAGCGAGACAGGAGAGCUGCCCAAGUCCUUGACUGAGAUGUACACACACUUCCUGUUGGUUCAGUGCAAAGUGGGAAAUGAAGAAGCUGAAACACAUCCACGUUGGAUCACAGAGACCAGUAAGAUGAUUCUGUCACUGGGAAAACUGGCUUUUGAGCAGCUGAAGAAAGGAAACCUGAUGUUCUGUGAAACGGAUCUUGCAGAAUGUGGCAUACAUCCCAGAGUUGCCUCAUUCUACCCAGGCGUGUUCUCAAAUAUCUUGAAAGAAGAGCUUGGCCCAAACCAAGGCAAACUUUUCAGUUUCGUCCAUUUGAGCUUUCAGGAAUUUCUGUCUGCUCUUCAUGUCAUCGUGUCAUUCAUCAACUCUGGUGUUAACCUCUUGUCUGAAGAAGACUCAACCUCCCAACAGUCUGCAGUGAACCCAGACCAACCUGCAGGAAAACACCUCUUCCAGAGAGCAGUAGACGAGGUUUUACAGAGCCCUAAUGGACACCUGGACUUGUUUCUGCGAUUCCUCGUUGGCCUCUCACUGCAGACCAAUCAAAUGCUUCUUCGAGACCUGAUAAAAGAAUCAGGAAGUAGCUUUCAGCCCAAUCAGGAGACAGUCCAGUACAUCAAACAGAAGAUCCAGGAGAAUCCAUCUCCAGACAGAUGCAUCAUCCUCUUCCACUGUUUGAUGGAGCUGAAAGAUCAUUCUCUAGUGGAGGAGAUCCAACAGUACCUGAGUUCAGAUAGUCUGUCCUCAAACAAACUGUCUGCUGCUCAGUGGUCAGCUCUUGUCUCCAUCUUACUGUCUUCAGAGCUGGAUGUGUUUGACCUGAAGAAAUUCUGUCCUUCAGAGGAAGGUCUUCCGCAGUUGCUGCCACUGGUUCAAGCCUUCAGUGUGUCUCUGCUGAGGAGCUGUAAGCUAUCUAAGAGAAGCUGUAAAGCUCUGGCCUCAGUUCUCAGCUCUCAGUCCUGUAAUCUGAGAGAACUGGACCUGAGCUACAACGAUGUGAAGGAUUCAGAGGUUCAGGAGCUCAUCGGAGGCUUGAAGAAUCCACUAUGCAGACUGGAAACUCUCAGGUCUGCUUGCCUCUUUUAA